GUCAACAACACAUAAACCAAAAUCAUACCGGAAGGAACCAUUUCGGUUAAACAUGAUCGGGUUCUAACUUCCUUCUAAUUCUCUCGUCUCUUUCCUUGGAAAUAAACCAGAGAUGGAGAAGAAGCAGAGAUCAGAGAUAUCGUCAACGGAAGCUGUUCUUCUCGGAGCUCUAGCUCCAGGCGUCAAUGCUCCAACAUGGAACGCUCUGAGAUUCGCGUUUCUUCUGCUUGGUCUCUGUCUCACUUUCAUGCUCUCCAUAGCUUUCACCAGUGGCCAAUCCAUGUUGCUUUUUCACGUCGGCUUCCUCAUUGUAAUCGCAUCUUCUCUCUUUGUCCUCCUCAAUUGGUUUCUUGCUCAGACAGGGUUAGUACCAGUUGAGACACAGAUGCAGGAGUUGAACUUGACACCUACUACUGAUAAAAGCAAUUGAUCAUCCACGCGCUGUGCUUUUAGUUACUCAGACGCAGACACAAAGUAACUGAACAUUCUAUAGCAAAGCAAAUACGAGGAUUAUAUUUUGGUAUUCUUUGUUUUAUUUUCUUUUCUUUUCUUUGGCUUGAUUGAGGAUGCAGAAGCACAAACAGCUAGGGAACUACACCAGAACUUCAUCUUGAUCAGGGUUUGAUUUAUCAAUUGUCCAACAUUAGCUCCUUUCUUAUUUGUAAUUCCCGGAACUAAGUUUAUUAAGAUGAUUGUUAUUGACGGUGAUUCCUCUCA